UUCUCUGCCGUAUCUCUGCCCCUCCUGUUUCCGGUGCCAUCACGGGACAGAGCAGUCGGUGACAGUACCGAGGGCUCCCGCCCCGCGCUGAUGGCCGAACCGGACCCCUCUGACCCUCUGGAGACCGAGGCAGGGAAGGUGCAGGAGGCUCAGGACACAGAUUCAGACACUGAGGGAGAAGCUGCUGGUGGAGAAGCAGAAAUGGACUUCCUGCGGAAUUUCUUCUCCCAGACACUGGGCCUGGGCGCACAAAAGGAGCGUCUGCUGGAUGACCUAACCCUGGAAGGGGUGACCCGCUACAUGCAGAGUGAGCGCUGCCGCAGGGUCAUCUGUUUGGUGGGGGCUGGAAUCUCCACAUCCGCCGGCAUCCCCGACUUCCGCUCCCCAUCCACGGGCCUCUACGCCAACCUGGAGAAGUACCAUCUUCCCUACCCAGAGGCCAUCUUUGAGAUCGGCUACUUCAAGAAACAUCCAGAGCCCUUCUUUGCCCUUGCCAAGGAACUCUAUCCUGGGCAGUUCAAGCCGACCGUGUGCCACUACUUCAUCCGCCUGCUGAAGGAGAAAGGGCUGCUCCUGCGCUGCUACACACAGAACAUAGACACCCUGGAGCGAGUGGCGGGACUGGAGCCCGAGGACCUGGUGGAGGCCCACGGCACCUUCUACACAUCACACUGCAUCAACUCUGGCUGCCGGCGGGAGUACACGCUAAGCUGGAUGAAAGAGAAGAUCUUCUCCGAGGUGACUCCCAAGUGUGAGAAAUGUCAGAGUGUGGUGAAGCCUGACAUUGUAUUCUUCGGCGAGAACCUCCCAGCGCGGUUCUUCUCCUGCAUGCAGUCAGACUUCCUGAAGGCGGACCUCCUCAUCAUCAUGGGCACCUCCCUGCAGGUGCAGCCCUUCGCAUCCCUCAUCAGCAAGGCACCCCUCUCUACCCCACGCCUGCUCAUCAACAAGGAGAAGACUGGCCAGACUGACCCUUUCCUGGGAAUGAUGAUGGGCCUUGGAGGAGGCAUGGAUUUCAACUCCAAGAAGGCCUACAGGGACGUGGCCUGGCUGGGUGACUGCGACCAGGGCUGCCUGGCCCUUGCCGACCUCCUUGGAUGGAAGAAGGAGCUGGAGGACCUUGUCCAGAAGGAGCAUGCCCGCAUAGACGCCCAAUCAGGGUCGGGGAGCCCCAACCCCAGCACUUCAGCUUCCCCCAGGAAGUCUCCACCUCCUGCCCAGGAGGAGGCCAGGACCAGGGACGGAGAGAAACCCCAGUGACAGCUGCGGCUCCUAGGCUCCCCACUCCUCGGGGACAGCUGAGCCCCAACCAGCACUGGCCCCCUCUAACUUGCAGCUCUUGUCUGGGGAGCUCAGAAUGUGUCUCCAGCCUCUUACCCGCUCCUUCCCCAAAGUGGGGCCCCAGCACUCAAGCCCCCACCAACCUGGUAAAUCUUUAACAUCUCCUAGGGGCUGGGGCUGGGGCUGGGGCAAUCUGCCUCUAAGCACUCACUGUCUCUAACCACCCACAGGGGCCAGGAUCAAGCUUCCCUAAUCUCUAACUGCUCCCCAGGUCAGAAAUACCUCCAAACUUUUAACCCAGGACAGGCACCCCAGGCUCCCCACCCUCUCUAGGGCCUGUGGCCAGCAGACGAAGACUAACCUCCCCUGCGUGGGGACGUGGGCCCUCCAAGCCUAACUCUCGCUCGCUGCGGGUGCCGAGCCUAAAGGCCUGCCAGGUCUCUGCCUCCAACUCCCACACUGGGUGCUGGGCCCCCUUCCUGUGGAACCCACUUUCCAUGAGGAGAUGGGCAGAUGAUGUUAUUUAUUGGACACAAAUUAAAAACAAAAAGCACUAACAAUCA